CUUUUUGAUUUAGAAAUAUAAAUUAUGAAAUUUUUAUAUCUUUUUAUAACAAACACUUUAUAAAUUAUAUUGAACUAUAGUAUUGAAUAUUUUAAUAAAUAUAUUAACGUAAUCACUAUAAAAAAUGCGUCAGUGUUAAUUUUUAGAAAUAUAGUUAUUGAGUGGGUGUAAAACGAAUACGCCUAUCGUCAUAAAUAAUGAGAAUAAAAUGGAGUAACAUUUGGCAAUAUAUUUAUAUGCAUUUCUAAAUUCAACUACAUUUUGAUUAUACAUAAUGUGAAAUUUUUUAUAUAGAUAUUUUUAUACAUUUUGGAUUAUCUUUUUACAUAUGUUGAUUUUGUUAAAAAUUUAUGAAAAUUAACAUAUUUGUAAAAAACAAUUAAAUAGUUGUAAUUUAUUAAAUUGUUAUUAUAUUUUAUUAUUCUAUACAAUGUAUUUUGAUUAUAGAAAAGAUUUAAAACAUUAAUAUUAUAUUUUUUAAAAAUGCAUUUUUCUAUACCAGAUACACAAGAAUUUAUUGAUGCAGCUGGUAAUACAUAUAUUGGUUAUAACAUUCAUAUAAAUGGAUUAUUUCAUUGUACUGUGAGAUAUAAACAAUUGUAUAGUCUUCAUGAACAAUUAACAAGAGAUUUAGAUAUAUCUCUUCCAUUAUUUCCACCUAAAAAAUUUUUUCCCUUAACAACAAAUCAACAAGAAGAACGUCGUCUUUCUUUGGAAAAAUAUAUUCAAACAAUUGGACAAAAUCCAGUUGUUAAUAAUUCAGGAAUGCUAAAUGGAUUUUUAUUAAAUGCUCAACAAGAAACCAUAGGAGGACCAUCUAACAAUGAAGUUAUGGACAUUUUUCUUAUGAAUGGUUGCAAAAGAACAAUAAAUGUUUCUACAAGGGAUCAUUCAGGUGAAGUUUUAAAGAAAGUAUACAAGCAACUUAAGCUAUCUGAACAAUAUUAUUCUUAUUUUGUAUUAUUUAUUGUUGCUCAAGAUGAAGCAAAUAGCAUUCACUUAUUACGAAAACUACAAGAUUUUGAAUCUCCUUUUAUAACAAUUAAACAUCUACAUAUUAUAGGAAGUAGAAUUAUACUUGGAAAAAAUUAUUGGGAUAUAGGAUAUGAUCUUAAAUUAAUGAAUGAUGAAGUGGCAACAAAUUUGUUAUAUAUUCAAGCAAUUGCAGAAAUUCAAUGGGGAUGGAUUCAUAUUACAGAUGAACUAAAAAAUCAACUCAAUGUUUUACAAAAACAAGGAAAAGAAAAAGAAUAUUUAGAUAUAGUGCGUAGUUCAAAAUAUUAUGGAUAUAUUCAAUUUGCUCCAUGUUUUUGUGAUUAUCCUCAACCAAAUUCAAGAGUAUUAAUUGCUAUAGGUAGAAAUGAAUUAAAUUUGCGCAUAUUAUUUAAUGAAGAGCAACAUGAAAAAGUAUUUAAAGUCUCACGAAUGCGUUGUUGGCGAAUAACUACAUUACAAAAUGGAUCUGAAAGAGGAGGUGAAGAAAGUGAUGAUUUUAGUUUAGAGUUAUCUUUUGAAUAUUUAAUUGCUAAAAAUCAAUUACAGUGGAUUACAAUUAUAUCGGAACAAGCUAUUUUAAUGUCUGUAUGUUUGCAAGCUAUGAUUGAUGAAUUAUUAUCAAAGACUAUUGAUAGUAGUAAUAAGAUUCAGGAGGUAUCACAAAAAUCUUGGACAUAUGUUAUGAGAGAUGGACAAAGUAUUACAGUAGGAUCAAGUUCUAAAGAAUCUGAAGAUAGUAAGAAGAAUUAUUAUUUUAAACAACCUUCUAAAUCAGAACCAAUUAUGAAGAAACUUGCAGAUAGACUAUCAAUAGUAAAAAUAAAACGAUCUAGUGAUGUGAGAAAUAAUAUAAGUGAUAAGGUUCAAGGAAAACAAACAUUGGAAUAUGAUAUUAAGGAAAAUAAUGCAUUUCGCAUGAUCGGUGAUGAUGAUUUAUGAAUAUAUAAAUUGGAAUUAUGAGAUAAAAAAUAUAUCAUAAAUACCUCAAACUUUUUAAAUUGUAUUAACUUGUAUUUUUGCUACUUUUAUUUUUUAUGCUUAAAUGAUGUAAAA